UGAAACAUGAUCAUCUAUAUGGAGGAGGCUGCUGCUGCUUCUGCAGACAACACCCAAAUCGUUUUUCUUUAUAUCCAUUUCCGUCGUCUUUGAUCUUAUUGGAGCUAAUUACCCUACCCUGAUCAAUAUCCCCUACACCAUCUUUUCUUUGCAUGGGCUUCUCGUUGAUCGCAUUGUCCUCGGCGGUCGUCUUGAUCUUCAUUUUUUCCGGCGCUCUCUUCCCCUUUUUUGUUUUCUCAGGUCCCCUCUCCACCCACUCCAUCCGUCCCCCCUUCAUCGCCUCAUACUUCCUCUUCAUCGACCAGUCUGGCACUUUCUUGGUCUCUCCGAAUGGUACUUUCAAAGCCUCUAUUUCCGGUACUAAAGCACAGACCUCACCGUCACGGUAUUAUUUCUCCAUCACCCACGUCGCCUCCGAUGCCAUCGUCUGGUCGGCCAACCGCAACGCGUCCAUGUCGAACUCCGACAAGUUGUCUCUGUCUGUCGACGGCCUUAGAGUGGCAAACGAGGCUGGUAAACUACUAUGGUCGACCCCGCCUUUGAAUUCUGAGAUUGCUGCUAUGCAACUUUUGGAAACGGGGAACCUCUUACUGGUUGAUGCGCGAAAUAUUACGCUAUGGGAGAGUUUCGAGAAUCCGACGGACAGUAUUGUCGUCGGACAGCGCUUGCGUGUUGGAAAAUCUUUGGAAAGCGCUCUGUCCGAGCAGGACCAAUCGGUGGGUGAUUAUCGGCUUCUGAUGACCGACGGGGAUUUGUUGCUGCAAUGGAAAAGGAUGACUUAUUUCAAGCUUUCGAUGCACGAAAAGGCUUUCAAGAACUCGUACGGGGAGGUUUCGUUCCUGGCUAUAAAUGAUACCGGUCUGUAUUUGUUAGAAAGUGAUGGAUCCACGGCUGUGAUUCAGGUACCUUUGAGCGGUCCAUCGGGUUUCAGGAUUGGAAAGUUGGGAUCUGAAGGCAGAUUUGUCAUCAGCAGCUUCAUCGGCGACGAUUGGGUGACAGAAUUAUUCGGUCCGGUCGAUGAUUGCCAUAUUCCUUUCUUUUGCGGGAAAAUUGGAUUGUGCACGAGAAGGCCUCUGAGUGGAACUUGCUCUUGUCCGUCGGGAUUCCGUGUUCAAGCGAAUGGUGAAUGCAUUCCAACCGAUACUUCUCUUUCUCUGCCUUCAGAUUGUAAGAGUAAUGCAAACAGAAAUGGCAGUGAUCAAUUCAACUCCUCAGUUUCGUAUCUUCAACUGGCCUACGGUAUGGACUACUUUGCUAAUGAUUUCAAUGGCCCUAUGGAACAUAGUGUGGAUCUGUCGGCUUGCCAAGAUAUAUGCUCUCAGAACUGUUCUUGUCUCGCUAUUUUCCAUGAAAAUGCUUCUGAAUCAUGUUAUCUUCUUGAAAAGCAUUUAGGAUCUAUCAUUUUGAACCCAAGGCCUGAGAAUGAUAACCGGGGCUAUAUUAAAGUUUUGGUACACUCUUCUCCUGAAAACCCAACUGGGAACAACAACAACAACCAGAAACAUAACUUCCCCAUAGCUGCUUUGGUACUGCUACCUCCGUCCGGAUUCUUCUUGUUAAUUACCAUUGUAGCUGUCGCAAUCCUCUGGUUGAGAAAAAAUAGGCUUUCCAAAACAAAAAAUAAUGCAGAAUCCGGCCGGUGUAAUUCAUCAUCGUCUGCAGAGCAAGAGAUGAUCGAUAUUCCGGGCUUGCCUAGAAGGUUUAAUCAUGAAGAGCUCGCAGAUGCAACUGAGAACUUCAAAACCCAGAUUGGUAGUGGUGGCUUUGGUGCUGUAUACAAAGGUACCCUUUCAGACAAAAGCGUUGUGGCGGUGAAGAAGAUUACAAGUCUGGGUGUCCAAGGGAAGAAGGAUUUCUGUACUGAGAUUGCAAUAAUUGGGAACGUCCACCAUGUCAAUCUGGUUAGAUUGAAAGGCUUUUGUGUACAUGGGAGGCAGCGGUUUCUUGUCCUGGAGUACAUGAACAGAGGUUCCUUGGACCGUCCACUCUUCGGCAAUGGCCCUGUUCUAGAAUGGCAAGAGAGGGUGGAAAUAGCACUUGGAACAGCACGAGGGCUUGCUUACUUGCAUAGCGGAUGUGAGGACAGGAUCAUCCAUUGUGAUGUCAAGCCAGAGAACAUUCUCCUGCACGACAAUUUACACGUGAAAAUCUCAGAUUUUGGGCUUUCUAAGCUGCUCAGUCCUGAACAAUCCGGUCUAUUCACGACCAUGAGAGGAACACGAGGUUACCUUGCACCUGAGUGGCUAACGAACUCCGCCAUUUCCGACAAGAGUGAUGUUUACAGUUAUGGAAUGGUAUUGCUAGAGAUUGUGAGGGGAAGAAAGAAUAGCUCGUUCCAAACUUUGAGCCAUAGCAGAGAGAACAGCAGCAGUGGAGGAAAUGGCCUAUCGUCGUCCUCUUCUGGGUCGGGAGCCAGACCAAUAUAUUUCCCUCUACUUGCUCUGGAAAUGCAUGAGAAGAGAAGGUAUGCAGAGCUCGCAGACCAGAGGUUGGAGGGAAGAGUGACAAGCCAAGAGGUUGAGAAACUGGUUCGGAUUGCCCUGUGUUGUCUGCAUGAGGAGCCAGCACUUAGACCGGCCAUGGCUAACGUUGUUUCUAUGUUGGAAGGUGGAUUACCUUUAGGUGAGCCAAGGGUCGAGUCGCUGAACUUCUUGCGGUUCUAUGGCCGGAGAUUCACUGAGAUAUCAAGAUUGGAAGGAUCGAGCGAGCAGAAUCAGAAUGGAUUUGGGCUUAUAAAUCCCACUUCUAAUACCAGCGGCUUGUACAACUCGUUGACUUGCAUCUCUUCACAGCAGAUUUCAGGUCCUAGGUAGAGUGCUCCAAGCAGCUUCGCUCUAUCCUUUAGAAAAUAUUUUCAUAGUCUUUUUAGCCAUCAAUAUCCUUUUAUCAUCUCCCAGGGUGUUACAGAAUGAUCGACAGAUGAUAAGCAAAAACAAAAACAACAGAUAAUCAUUUAAUG